AUGCCUGAGGAGAGCAGGGUAACCCUGUCUGAACAACUCGGAGGGAAUUCCCAAUAUUCCUCCCAAAGUUCUGAAAAUCAACAGCUGACUCCUGUGCAAAAAUUGUUCUCAAAGGCUGUUGUUUUGCCUAUUGCUGAGAUUAUUCAACUUACGGAUGUUACAUUUUGUGCUACUGUCGCUACAACAAAAUUAUUAGUAGCGUCUCCGUUUGGAUGGUAUAAGAUUGAGAUUGAGGUUACUCAUGGGGGCAAAAGCUGCAAUUUUGUCUUCUGGAACAGGGAAUGUGAAAUGUUGUUGGGUUUAUCUGCAUCCCAACUUCGUAACACUAUGAUUCAGGGUGGAAUUACUGAUCCAUUGGACUUUCCGUUAGCACUUGAUCAGUUGUUGAAGUUGGAAAUGGCUAUGAAGGUUAAGUGGCAUCCACGCUGGAAGAACUAUUCCGUCGUUAUGAUUAUAAAAAAUGAUCCUAUUAUCCAGCAACUUAAGGAAAAAUGGGGAACAGAUGAGGAACCUAUUCCAAUCCAAACUGUCAUACCUGAGACUCUGGAGAGUGUUGAUGAGGCUAAAACAGAUGCUAAUGAAGACUGUGAAUUGGUUACAGACCUGGAAAUUACAUCUGAGCACAAGCCUGAUGCUGUCGCACCUGGUGGUAAGAGGCAUCUUCCUGCUGCAUCAAGUGAAUCCACUGAUUUGGACGGAUUACAUGAUGGAGAACUUUACAAUAAUGAUGUCACAAAGAACGGUUUGUUUGGAUUAGCAAAACCAAAGCUUUCUGUCAUUACAUUGUAA